ACAACUUUCUCACAUAUGGCAUUGGAUGCAUACAUAUGGUUGUGCAGCCAUGAUGCAGCAGACAUCAUGGAGGAUGAUCUGAUGUUCAGCAUGGAGGAGGAGGGCAGCGCCAAGAGACCCCCUGUUCAACGAGGUGCCCCCAACCAGCUGGCCUCCUCCCUUAGUGACGCCAACGCCACUGAUGACGACGAUGAUGACGACCACUUCAUCUGCCCCAUCCUGGACGACUCCGCCAAAGAAGUCUGUCACUACCUGAAGAACCGUGUUUACAACCGGCAGCUGUCAAACUCUCUCCCGAAGAGCAACUUUAUGUUCAGGAAUGAAACAGAAACGAUGGCAGAACCUCAGUCGUACAAUGUUUUGUCUCAGAGCGCACGGGAUCAUUGGAAAAAUGCGAUUGAAAAGGCCAAAGCCAGGCCAGACCCCUGGGCGGAGUUUCAUCUGGAGGACAUCGAGACGGAACCUUGCAUUCGUUACAGGUACAAUGCCAUCACAGAAGAGUGGGCUAAAGACCAGGUCCACAUCAAGAUGGCUGCCCAGCCGUUUGGGAAAGGAGCCAUGAGGGAGUGCUUUCGAACGAAGAAGUUGUCGAAUUUCUCACACUGCAGCAACUGGAAGUCAGCAUCUAAUUAUGUGACCAAGCGUUACAUGGAGAUGGUGGACAGAAAUGUUUACUUUGAGGACGUCAAGCUGCAAAUGGAGGCCAAACUCUGGGGAGAGGAGUACAACCGCCACCGACCUCCCAAACAGGUGGACAUCAUGCAGAUGUGUGUGAUAGAGAUGAUGGACAGACCAGGUAAACCUCUCUUCCACCUGGAACAUUACAUCGAGGGAAACUACAUCAAAUACAACUCCAACUCUGGCUUUGUGAGGGACGACAACAUCCGACUCACUCCGCAGGCCUUCAGUCACUUUACUUUUGAGCGAUCGGGCCACCAGCUGAUCGUGGUGGACAUCCAAGGAGUCGGGGAUCUCUACACUGACCCUCAGAUCCACACAGAAAGGGGGACUGACUUCGGAGAUGGAAAUCUAGGUGUGCGAGGCAUGGCUCUGUUCUUCCACUCCCACCUGUGUAACAAGAUCUGCAAGAGUAUGGGCCUGACACCUUUUGACCUUUCCCCUGCAGAGAAGUCUCAGCUGGACUGCACCGACAAACUGCUUAGGUCAGCCCAGACGGUGCUAAGGGGCUGCGAGGAGCACUGCGGUUCUCCUCGUGUUCGUACCAUGUCAGCAAGCCGGGCACCUCUGCUGUUAUCCCGCUUGUCUGAGACGUCUUCUGCAGACGAGAGCAUGAGCGACGUGGAAUCAGUCCCUUGCUCCCCUCUCACAUUCCCCUGCUCCCCGCAAGCUGCACAUGGAUUUAUGGGAAAGUCCCCUAUCGGAUUUUCUUUUACUGGAAUGUACGAGCAUGAAAGAAUCAAUAACAACAACACAGUUGAACACAAGGAAUCUGAUAGCGGCGGGGACAGCGGCUACCCCAGCGAGAGGAGGAGUGAGGGGGAUCCAAAUGACCAUGUAGACGGGGUCCAUCAUCGCAUCCAGAGACAUUAUUCUGAGUCAGAUGAGGACAGUGUCAGACGGAGGAAGAUGGUAACUCCUCCAAGAGUCUCUGCAAACUUAAAUUCAGAUAACGCAGUUGAUAACGAUUGGCUGACGGAGGAGAAGUGGAGCUUCUACCAUUCGUCUCGUUCUCACGUUCAUCGGCCGUCCUGUGUGGCCACCGAGGUGGAGCGACUCGACAAUCUGCUGCAGAAGAAGAUCGGCCAGUCGAUCCUUGGAAAGGUCCACCUUGCGAUGGUGCGGUACCAUGAAGCGGGUCGCUUCUGUCAAAAGGACGAGCAGUGGGAUCAGGACUCGGCCAUGAUGCACCUGGAGAGAGCUGCGCAGUGCGGAGAGCUGGAGGCCAUCGUAGCCUUGGGACAGUGCUGUCUGCAGCUGCCUCAUCAUAUACUUUCAGACAUGGUGCUGGAGGAUAAUGCUGGAAACAAGAUGAAAGGUUUUAAGUAUCUGCUGCAGGCUGCUGAGGCUGGCGACAGAUCUUCUAUGAUCAUAGUGGCCAGAGCCUUUGAUACUGGGUUCAAUCUGUCCGCUGACAGAACGCAGGACUGGGAGGAAGCAAUUCACUGGUAUGACAGUGUGUUGAAAAAGUCAGACUAUGACGAGGGGGGAGAGUUCGAUGGGACGCAGGACGAGCCCCGCUACCUGCUGCUGGCCAGAGUUGCAGAGAUGUACCAAGUAGGAGGCUACAACCUCAGAGCAGACCCACAGAGAGCAGGUGAUCUGUUUACAGAAGCAGCAGAAGCGGCCAUGGAAGCCAUGAAAGGCCGAUUGGCUAACCAGUACUACAUGAAAGCUGAGGAAGCCUGGGCACUAAUGGAGGAGUGAUACUGGACACACAUUUUUAUUA